ACAGGUUUCAAAGUGGAGCAUGUGUUUGAGUCACUUCUUGUGUCUCCACGCGUCAAAAAGAAAAGACGUCAACCCAGUCCUGAAGUAAAAAAAAAGAAUCAAAAAAAGAAAAAGAAAGUUUGUGUAAAUUAGAGCGGGAUGUUUGAGAGGAGGAGGUUAGACCAGCAUGUCCGUGCGCUCUGAGCCAUAAAGGUGCGUUCCCCGUGCGCGCUGUUUUUGUUUUAUUUAUCGUGCAUGCUGAUCUUCAUCCGGACUCCUGAGUUUAACUUAUGACUUUUGACACAGUCCGGGAGCGGGGCUGCAAAUGGGCGGCAUAGGUGGCAACCUCUACUUCAGCAUGUUGAAUGGGACUGAAACGCAAACUCUCGGAAAGAGCGCUGACAUCAGCAGUCACCUCCACCGCGGCAGCAAGGACCUGGCCGAGUUCAAAAUGGGAAUUCAGGACACGAGGUUCUACUACUCGGACUCGGUUACGACCGGCCAGGACUCGCUGGCUCUGCAGUACCACCCAGAGCAGUCGGUGGGGGGCUACGCGCCGCAGCCCGGAAGGUUUUACGCACAGACCUUGAGCAACUGCCCAUACGGCGGCGUGCGCUCCCCGCCGCGGAGUGGCACCGGACAGGGUUACAUCCCGACGCCGGGAGACGGGUUUCCCUCCGGUGGGAAAGACGUGUAUUCAACGUCAACGGAGAGCUACCCGGCGGGCUUCCAGCACGGCUACCAGCGGCCUCUCUAUCCCUUACCUGGCCUGCAGGUGUGCGGGAAGACUCAGGUUCUGCUCAAUAACUACCCGCUCUGGGCCAAAUUCCACAAGUUCCAAACGGAGAUGAUCAUCACCAAACAGGGCAGGAGGAUGUUCCCCUUUCUGAGCUUUAAUAUCAGUGUUCUGGAUCCGUCGGCUCACUAUAACGUCUAUGUGGACGUGGUUCUGGCUGAUCAGCACCACUGGAGGUACCAGGGCGGGAAGUGGGUCCAAUGUGGGAAAGCAGAGGGCAACAUGCCAGGAAACAGAACCUACAUGCAUCCGGACUCUCCCAACACAGGAGCUCACUGGAUGAGACAAGAAGUGUCUUUCAGCAAGUUAAAGCUCACCAACAACAAGGGCAGCACCAACAACGUGGCACAGAUGAUAGUCCUCCAGUCACUCCACAAGUAUCAGCCUCGUCUUCACAUCGUGGAGGUCAAAGAGGACGGUUCUGAGGACCCUUUCCUGUCUUCUAAAGCUCAAACUUUUGUCUUUCCGGAGACUCAGUUCAUCGCUGUCACUGCUUACCAGAAUGCAGACAUCACUCAGCUGAAAAUAGACCAUAACCCCUUCGCUAAAGGUUUCCGCGACAAUUACGACACGCUCUACGCUCCUCCCGACUCUGAUCGCCUCACCCCUUCACCUACAGAGAGCCAGCAGUUGUUACCAGGGAGCUGUUACACCCAGGGCUACCUCACAGAACCAUACAUGAGCCCCUUGCCGCAGAGCCGCUUCUAUGGCCGUGAGCCCAUCAGCAUGGGCCAGCAGCACAAAGACCCGUCCUCCAGCCCGGGACCCCACAGUCGCUGGUACCUGCCACCACAGCAGAGUGUGGCACCAAACCGGCUUGAUUUCACUUCCUCCUAUGAGGGUGACUUCUCUGGGAAUGGUUUUUACAAGCCUUUCCCUUUGCAGACGUCUGCUCACCAUGCCCUCAGCUACUACCCAGAGCAUCCUUUUGCAUCCACCAGUGUGUCGGUAUCAGGAGCCACCUCGGCUGGGUGGAGCACCAGCCGACCCACGCCACAGUACCUGACUCAUCCCAGCAAACCAGCCCCCAGUCUGGGUUGGUUUAGACCCAUAUCUUGCUCUUCCUCCUCCUCAUCGUCUUCUACGCCUCCUGGUAACCCCAGGCUGCUGCAUCCUCCCACUCUCCUUGAGAGCCUGCAGCUACCCCUGCUGCAGGACAAACCCAAAGACUCUGUGAGCGUGACGAUGGAGGACCCUUGGCUUGAACCGCCCUCUGGGAAAUCAGCUGACUCAGCCGACUCGGGUCUUUUUGAGGGCCGCAAGAAGAGGAGGGUGUCACCCUACACGUCCAGCACUGAAAACUCCCCACCUCCACGUGGUGGAGACAUCUGCGAUAAAGACAGCAACAGCGAUGCAGACUACUAUGGCUACUACACCCACUGAAGGCCUCACACUUCUCCACGGACGAGUCAGGGUCUUCAACAUCUUCCCACACCACCAUCGUGGACACACAGCUGUUCAGUCAAGUGAAGGCAAAGGGCUGGAACAGUCAAUGUUUGUUCAUGCACCAAAAUCAGACAGUCGAAUUUGAACGCAAAACUUAACCAGGGACGAGACUUUAAUUAGCCGCUGGCUAAUAAGCAGCCCAAAGGCUGCAUUAUUUGAUAUGUAACAUUGUUAUUUUUUAUUAUUAUUUGUCCCUGUAUAAAUAAAGACUUUAAAUAUACAUAAAUCCA